AUGGAUAAUAAGAGGGUCACCCAGAAUAGUGAUGUCAAAGUUACUGCCAAAAGUGAGCAUUUUAUUCUGAAGUUGUGCAAGAGCUUGGAUCCAUAUGGGGGUGUAACUGGGGAGCUUUCGGAACUUAAAAAAACCAUUUUAACAAUCAAAGAUGUACUUCUUGAUGCUGAGGAGAAGAAGAACCAUGACCACCGGGUCAGAAUCUGGCUCAAGAGGCUUGUAGAUGUAGUUUACGAGGCUGAUGACUUGAUGGAUGAUUUCUCCCCUGAAGCUUUGCAGCAACAACUGAUGAAUGGAAGUAAUAUGGGCAAGAAGGUACGCACUUUCUUCUCAUCCUCAAACCAACUUGUGUUUCGUCGCACCAUGGCUCAUAAAAUAAAAGACAUCAAUUAUAGGCUAGCUGCGAUUGGUGGUAAUCGCACGGACUUCCAUUUGGAGGUGCGCCAUGUGGAGUCUAGAGUUGUCCUUGGAGCUAGGGAGCAAACUUACAUACCUGAAGAAGAAGUUAUUGGGAGGGAGAGUGCUAGAGAGGCCAUCCUAGACCUUUUGUUAGAUCCCAAAGUUGAAAAGGAUGUGUCAGUUUUGCCAAUAGUGGGUUUGGGAGGUAUAGGGAAAACCACACUUGCUCAAAUCGUGUAUAACCAUAAGAAGGUUCAAACAAAUUUUGAUUUAAAAAUUUGGGUGUGUGUCUCUGACAGUUUUGAUGUGAAAUCUCUUGUUGAGAAAAUUAUUAAAUCAGCAACUAAUCAUUGUGAAGAGAACCAAGAGAUGGGUCAACUGCUAAGGAAACUUCAAAUGGAGAUAAAUGGAAAGCGUUAUUUCCUUGUACUUGAUGACGUAUGGAAUGAGGAUAAACAAAAAUGGAUAGAAUUGGAAAGCUUGUUGUCAAGUGGUGCGAAAGGGAGUAGAAUAAUCAUAACCACCCGUAGUCUAAGAGUUGGUAAGAUUACUACUAGCACAAUGGAACCAUAUAUGUUAAGGCCUUUGGAUAAAGUUAACUCAUGGUCUUUGUUUAAAAAUGUGGCUUUUAAGCUUGGGCACGAGCCAAACAACCCCAACACGAAGAAAGCUGCAAUGGAAAUUGUCGAUAGGUGCGCAGGUAUUCCUCUUGCCAUUAGGACAAUUGGAAAAAUGUUGUAUUUCAAAAAUCCAGAAGCUGAGUGGUCCUCUUUUCUUGAAAUGGAUUUCUCAAAGAUGCAUCCAAGUGAGAAUGAUAUUUUACCAGCACUCAAACUCAGUUACGAUAACCUCCCAUCAAAUUUGAAACAUUGUUUUGCCUAUUGUAGUCUAUUUUUAAAAGAUCAUGAUAUUGUUGUUGAAGACUUGAUAAAACUUUGGAUGGCACAAGGAUUUAUUGAGUCAUCACCUUCAAGUCAAUCUUUGGAGGAGGUGGGUUAUUGGUAUUUUGAUGAAUUACUUAGUUACUCAUUCUUUCAAGAAGUAAAAACAAAUAAUAGGACAAAAAAAGUAGAAUGCAAAAUGCAUGACCUCAUGCAUGACCUUGCAACAUAUGUAGCAGGAACCGAGUGUGCUACAUGGGAUUUUGAUAGAGAAAAUAUCGAUGGAAGAAUUCGGCAUGUAUCUUUCGCUUCUGAUUUAGUUUCAUCAGGUCUUCAUAACUCUGGGCUUAAGACAGUGCCAAAUUCCAUUGGGAAGUUGAAGCAUUUAAGUUUUCAAGAAUUUCCAAGAGAUUUUAAUAAAUUAGUGAAUCUCAGACAUUUGGAGAAUGAGGGAUGUGAUAGCUUGACUCAUAUGCCAAGUGGGCUAGGAAAAUUAACCAACCUUCGCACUUUAAACAAUUUUGUAUUGAAGAAGCGGCUUAAUGGUCAGUUUUCCGGUGGGCUAAAAGAAUUAAUGAAACUGACCAACUUGAGAGGACAGUUGAGCAUAAGAAACUUGAGACAUGGAGACGAUGCGAGCACAGAAUAUGAGGCUGCAAAAUUGAAUGAAAAACAAAAUCUGCAUCACUUAAACUUAUAUUGGUCAAAUAGAAGCAGUGAUGAUGAUAUUGAUGCACGGGAGGUAGAUGAUUAUGAAAUUUCGUUGGAAAGCCUGCAACCACACCCAGAUCUUGAAGCAUUGUCUUUGUUUGAUUAUUGGGGUGUUAGACUUCCAGACUGGCUUCCCAGCCUUACAAAACUUGACACAUUUAUAUUUCAAAUGAUAAAGUAG